ACUCUUCACCGGUCUCUUGAUUCGCAAGGCCAGGUGGUGGCUGAAAGGGGCCAGAAUUUCGCGCAGAAAAGUGUCUUAUUUACCCUGCUUCACUACAAAAUCCUUGGCAAAGAGUUUAUAACAUCAAAAAUAAGACACGACGGAGUCUUCUGGACCGAAAAAAACGGUAAUCGGUUUCGACAAAACCGGUCAAAUCGGAGUUCGUGCCCCGAAUCAGCCACCCCACCUCCGGCCGCCAUUUUAGAAUUGCAUCAUCCUUUUCGUUAUUUUUAGUAAUCACGUUCAAUCAAGGGCAGGUAUAAAAACACGACCGGCCUGCGUUGUUGGUUAAUUACCAACACAACACAACCAACAGAAAAGCAGAGACAUUAUGGAUUGCGCGGAUUUAAACGAAGAAUUGGGAAAACAUAUUCUAACAAGAUUUGACAUCGCUAGGAGUGCUAAAAAUCACAGAAGGCAAAAAGAGAUUCGAAUUUACCCGAACGUAAACAGAGUACUUCGGGAAUUUUAUUGCAACCAAGAAGGAACUUAACUAAUACAGAAUAUAGAGAUAUAUUUUAAUACUGGUAUAAUACGAGAAGGGAAUAAGAAGAAGCUGGGACCACCAUGUUUGAACAGUUGUUCGAUGGUGUUGUAGAGAUGGUUGUGGGGUUAUGGGCGAUUUGGUCGUUGCCUCUGCUAACCAGACUGACACAGCAAUUUGUCUGUUUGAUUAAAGGUAUCACAAUCGCUCAUGUCUAUUUACCAACAAAGGAUGAAACUUCUGUUGACAUGAACAGUUAUUUUUCAUGUUGUGAGAUGCAUUGUACCAUCACAGCCAACUCAAAUCACUGCCACUGGAAAACAUGGACAGAUGGACAGAUAACUUCUUUUGCUCAAUCCUACAACCAAAAACUCCACGGGAUAAGUCAAAACACACAGCAAAGUAUCUGCUCUUUUACAAGGAUGUGCGAAACUACAACAGUUGAUUCAUUGAAACAAUACAGUCCUGAGUCACGCAAGUCCUGCCCACUGGCUUGCAUCCCCUUUGUGUUCAAGGAGUUUGAUCAGUCCAUCCAACCCACGGUGUUGCAGCAACACCCUUUAGGUAGUCACACCAAAAAUGAAGCAAGUGCAGUCUCAGAAAAAAUACAUAACUGCAAGGACAUGUAUUCACACUACUUAGAAAAGGUAACACCUAAAAAACAAGAAAACAUGAACUUUUCGUGCUUCAAUGAGAAGUCGAACAGCAGUGCUGCAAGCAUAGACUCUGGGUACAGGUCACACCAGAGUGUUGAGUCCAACUGUAAAUGCAUUGAUGAGGAUGGGGUGACCUUGUAUGUCUCAGACUGUUGCUAUGACAGACAGGGGAGACUUAUUAGGAUGUAUGUUGGACUCAGCGAGUACACGGAGUCAACUAGUGAGUCGUACUUUGAAGAUGAAGAUUCAUCAGCUGAAGAUGAUAGUGAUGUCUGUAAUGAAGACGACGAAGAUGAAGACUUCAUUGUGUUUGAUUCUCAUACUUGGUGUCCAGUGUAUGGGGACAAAGAUCAAGACUUUACUUUUAUUUCAAUACAAGUCACACCAGCCUUUUCCAUGUCUGAUGGGGACUUCAAUUCAAACUCUAAAGAAUAUCACAAAAAAUGCAAGGAAAUCUCAGAAGAAAACUUUGUGGGAAUGACUUUAAACAAUAUAAACAGCCAAGGCCAAGAAUUUAAUUAUGAUGAUGACAAAUAUUUGAAUGUAAAUGAUAGUGACUAUGAUAAUACAGAUAGUGACAUUGAUUUUGACAACCCGACUGGAUCUGAUAUAGAUUCAACCAAAGAUAAAUCCAUCGGUGCUGGCACUGGAACCAAGAAAGUCAAGUUUUGUGAAGAAGACGAUGUCCAUGUGAUGUACACUUGGGACUUUGCUUACCGCGCUGCGCGGAGGAGUGAAUGGUGCCAAUGUGCAACUGAUAGAGAACAUUUUAAACUGCGGAUUAAUCAGACAGAGCAGCUUCUUAAGCCAGUCCUACUAGACAGAAUAGCAAAAAUGCAAGAAACCUAACUAUUGCUGUUAUGUUAAAUUAAUUAUUAAUUUCCCCACUGGUACCACUUCUUGACAUUCCAGAAAUAAAUGUUGAGUUAUUGCUUUUAAUAAAGAAAUAUUUUAAUAAAGCAAUUGCCAUAAAAGUUA